AUGAAAGCAUUCAACCUCGCGUUCAUAUUCACCAGAGAUUCGCAAACAGUUGAUCCUCUCUUUAUCAAGGCUAUUGCGCUUUUUAAUGCAAAUCAGCACGAGGACGCAAUGCAGCGUGCUCAAGAGCCGGUUGUCGCUUGCCCUAAUGCUAACACUCUUGUCUGUCGUACCGUGGAAGCAUAUCUGCAUGCUCAAAUCGGAAUCGACGUCUUGGAUAGCUCGCGUUACGAUGAAACUGCUGACCACUUCACUACCGCCAUCAACAUUAGCACAUUCUUACCUGAAUCGGCCAUUCAUUCCAGAUACGGGGACUUUGCGGUGCUGUUCGGGUGGGAAUUCAGGCCCUUGUGGCAAAUUGCAAACAAGAAACGGUGUCAUGCACUCCUUCGUGUGGGUAGACCUGGAGAAGCCCUCAAAUUGUACCGAUGCAUGAUGGAUAUGAACGAUAACGCUACGAAGGCAACCUGCUUUGAUUGGUGUACCGACUGCAAUACGUAUCUGCGUUCACUCUGUGACGCAGCUUUCAAGCAAGAAUGCAUCAUGUUCUAUACUGCUAACGGAGUCGCCGACCUUAUUGGGAGUGGAGAUGCUGCCCUUGCUGCGGGCGAGUACGACAGGGCUAUCGAGAUCUGGCGCGCUGGCAAAAAGCACUUGGAACACGCUCGGAUGGACUAUUCCAAAAUUUCUGGCUCCCAAGGUAUAGAUGCACGGGCUCUCGUCGACAUCCUCCCCGGGAUGAGACGCGCACGAGAAAGAUUGCAAUCCGUGUCGAGGCGUGUCACCACGUUGCAGGACAUCGCAUACUCUCUGUUCGGGACCUUCGGCGUCCAGCUACCUAUUAUGUAUGGUGAGAAGAAACAAAACCGGACAGCUUUUGCAGGAGAUGGUAGCUCAGUCAGGGGACAUUGUUUGCCUGCAGACAUCACUUCAUACGAAGCUCAACCACACCCUCUGCCAUCUAUAUCUGCGAACGAGAUGCAAAUAUCAGUCUUCGCGCCGCGACACUCCGGGAAUUUGAAGUUGGCUGUGAAAUUGCGCAACAUACUUUAUCAACUGAGCGCCUAUGAUUCUGCAGUGCACAUCGUAUGUGUAGAAGGCGUUGCUCUGGCCGAACUGCCGCCCAGAUAUGUGAGGAUGCAUUAUGGUGAUGAAUGA